AUGCUCUACGAAAUCGAAGCGCGAGAUCAAUGUUGCAAAAAUUAUGGUCUGACUCCAAAGAGUAUCUAUUUCUUGCGAGGACCCUUCUUCCCCAGCAACACUCAAUACACCAAAUCCGACCUUUUACUCUUCAAGGGCAAAGAUCAAUGUUUCAUCAGCAACGCUGACACCUUCGCAGGAACUAUGACCGAUGUGGUUGGGGUCACAGGCGUAGGUGUUGUCUUUAGCAUCGAAAGUCUUGAAGAAGAGUUGGCUCCGCCAGACAGAGCAAGAGCACCUGGGGAAAUCACCGCAACGAUAGUCGUAACUGUCUUGCAUUGUGAUUAUAACCCAAUUACAAAAUCACCAGCUAAAGCAAGAGUCGAAUAUCGAAUUCGACCCUUUGGUCAAUUGCGUAAUGUGCAUCGCAUCCUAACGAUUGGUCGUGAGUACCAAUUCCACGGUUUUAUCAAGGAUUUCAACGACGCUACCGCGUGCUACAUCGUAAUGGUGAAUAAAGUCUCGCCUACAAAUGUACAUACCGAAUACAACGUCACUGGACCAAAUGCCACUGGGCAGGAAGUAACGGCAGAGACUGCUAACAAUCAAACUCAGAGGUUGUCAACUCAAUUUAGACUUCCCUGCUUCAAGCAAUGCUAA